AUGGCCGAACACAAAGAUGAGGGCACUCACGAGCAUGAGAUUAGAAGAUCUAGUGUUCUCUAUACCGAUCAGUCCAGGCGCAAGCAAAGCGUUGCUGAGUUGACCAACAAUCUGACCGGAGAAGUCCGAAACCCUCUGGUGGGCAUCCCUCGCGAACAACUGCUACAAGAUGUCGAAAACUACGCCACUGAGAACGAGUUGAGCGACCUUCUUCCCUUGCUUCGCAAAGGCGCCAUCUUGGCCCAGAGCCCUCACCAAUUCGAAAGUAUCCCUGAGAUCGAGGAGUCGGAGCGUCAGUUCUUGCGUGAGGAAGUCACCCACCGCUGGAGACAUCCCAAGAUCCUCUACUACACCAUCGUCCUCAAUUCGGUCGCUGCUGCCAUUCAAGGAUGGGAUCAGACUGGGUCAAACGCCGCCAACCUCAGAUUCCCCGAGGACAUGGGCAUUCCUGAUUCCGGCCCCGUUUGUGAGGCCAAGGGGACGUGUGAAGAUAACUCCUGGUUGAUUGGUUUCAUCAACUCUUGUCCCUACAUUGCCAUUGCCUUUUUCGCCGGUUGGAUCUCCGAUCCUAUCAACGACCUGAUCGGCCGUCGUGGCACCAUCUUUUUGGGCGCCGUCUUCUCCUUGCUGGCUCCUAUCGGCUCUGCUUUCAUCCAGCAUUGGGGCCAACUCGUCGCCUGCCGUAUCCUUCUCGGUAUCGGCAUGGGCCUCAAAGAAGUCACUGUACCUGUCUUCUCUGCGGAAAAUGCACCCACCAACAUCCGUGGCGGUUUGGUUAUGAGCUGGCAAGUCUGGACAGCCUUUGGUAUCUUCCUCGGCACGUGCGCGAACCUGGCCAUAAAGGAUACUGGAGUCGCCUGGCGACUCCAGCUCGGCUCGGCUUUCAUCCCUGCCGUGCCUUUGGUCAUUGGCAUUUUCUUCUGUCCUGAGUCUCCUCGUUGGCUCAUGAAGAAGGGAAGGCAUGCGCAAGCCUAUCGAUCUCUUCUGCGUCUCCGAAGGAGCCCUCUGCAAGCUGCACGUGAUCUCUAUUACAUUCACGCGCAGUUGGUGCAGGAAGACAUCCUGAUUGAGGAAUCAGCGGCCUCAACUCACGGCAAUUUUUUCACCCGCUUCGUCGAGCUUUUUACCAUUCCCCGUAUCCGUCGUGCAACUCAAGCCUCUGGUAUUGUCAUGAUUGCGCAACAGAUGUGCGGGAUAAACAUCAUCGCCUUCUAUAGUGGCACGGUUUUCGCGAAUGCAGGGGCAUCUUAUACCGGCAGCCUCUUGGCCUCGUGGGGUUUCGGUCUGAUCAACUUCCUCUUCGCCUGGCCCGCAGUGUGGACGAUCGACACGUUUGGGAGAAGGGCGUUGCUUCUCUUCACGUUCCCGAACAUGUGCUGGACGCUUCUGGCGGCCGGGUUUUGCUUCUGGAUCCCCGAGAGCAGCGACGCUCAUCUGGGGCUAAUUGCGCUGUUCAUCUACCUCUUCGACAUCUUCUACUCGCCAGGAGAAGGCCCUGUGCCGUUUACGUACUCUGCAGAAGUCUUCCCGCUGUCGCAUCGUGAGGUGGGCAUGUCGUGGGCCGUGGCGACCAACAAUUUCUGGGCCUCGGUCCUAUCCCUGACCUUCCCUCGCAUGCUCAAGGCCAUGACGCCACAAGGAGCGUUUGGCUUCUACGCGGGGCUCAACGCCAUAGCCUUCCUCAUGAUCUUCCUGUGGCUUCCCGAGACGAAACAAAGGUCUCUCGAAGAACUGGACUACGUCUUCGCCGUGCCCACUCGAACACACCAACACUACCAGGUCUCCCAGGUCGCGCCGUACUGGUUCAAGAAGAACGUUCUGCGUCGCAAGGGUCUCGUCGAACCGAAACUCUACCACUUCGACACCGACGAGUAUGUCCCUGCGUCCCCGGAGCAUCGGGAAGAAGAAACAGGCGAAAAGGCCGCAUGA